AGGAGGCGCUCGGUGCUGCUAUGGCUUCUAGCGGGGUGACGGUGAGCGCUCCCGGCUCGGCCAGCGAGGCCCCCGAGGUUCCAGACAACGUGGGAGACUGGCUCCGCGGUGUGUACCGCUUCGCCACGGAUAGGAACGACUUCCGGAGGAACUUGAUCCUCAAUUUGGGACUGUUUGCUGCGGGAGUUUGGCUGGCCAGGAACUUGAGUGACAUUGAUUUGAUGGCGCCUCAGCCAGGGGUGUAGCCAAAUAAUGGAAAUCCUGUGUACUCAAACUUCCCAAAGACAACUUACUGUCUGUGACCACAGGAUACUGCCCCGUGGCAGCUGAAGUGGAUUCCACUCCUCUCCUUGCCUGAAUCUCCACCCCUGGCCAGUCCCCAGCCCUGGCUUAAACGUUACCUCUGCACAGUUCUCUGUGCAGUUUCCAAGUUUCUGCAGAGGGUGAUCUUUGCCCAUGUCCUGAGGUCUAGUAAUGGUUCUUGGAAAAUAUUUCAAAUAAAACCUGCACACAAA